AAUUUUUCAACUUUUAGAUGUAAAAUAAAUAGAAUGAACCUUGUAUUUGAGAGAAAAUGGCAAAAAUGCAUCACAAAAAUAUUCAGGAACAUCUGACCUGAAAAACAAUAUUUUCCAAAAUUAGAAAUAGAAAACACCUGAUUUAUGUCACUUUGUUGUAUAAACUGUGUAUUAAAUAAUAUGUUUAAACUGCAUUGGGCAGCCGGUUGUUUAUUUUGAUGACACUAGUGUUGAAGAGGUUUUUAAAGAUAUUAUUGAAGUUUAAAUAUUUAAUUUGGUUGUAAUUUUUUCUAACACAUAAAUUCUUUUCACCCUUUGAAUUGGCUUUAAAAUUUCACCAAAUACAACUUUUACAGAAGUAUUUCAGUUGUUUUUAUUUUUAAAUGAUCAUGAACAAUAUUUGGUUUUGGAAGAACCUCAGUUUAUAUAAAUGAAGAAUAGCUGGAUGUUUGAGCAAACGCCAAAGGCUCAACACUCAACGCUAACAGCGUAACGCUAACGCUAAAGUUGACAAUAGGAAAAGAUACUUUAAGCAGUUAUCCAAAUAAUAAAGUUAAAAUUUAAGGUCCCAUUAGUUGUCACACACACUGAUGAAUGUGUGAAAUUUGUUCUUGACUCAUCCCUUGGAGGAGCGGUGAGCUGAAAAUACAGCCACACUUGGGAUCCAUUUGGUGGCCCAAUCCAACCCUUUAAUGCUGAGCGUCAAUCUGGGAGGCAUUAGGUCCCAUUUUUUUAAAAUGACCUCCCAGUUUCAGAGGGGACGCUCAUACAACUAGGCCGUUGAGAUGGAGCUAAUAAUAAUAAUGUUUGAAAGCUUCAGAGCAGAGUGGCACUAACAUCACAUGUUGCUUCCUGUCAUUUUAGUGCCAAAUCAGCUAAAAUUAGCAGGUGUUUUAACCAUAAAUGUCUUUAAAAUGCAGAGAUGAUGUUUUACUGUUGAGACACUAGUUUAUAGCUUGCUCACUACUUUAUUUUAUGCCACUUUCUGAAAAACAAAAAAACUGCCCCAAAUCCACAACAAAAGUAACAUUUUAGACAUUUCAGCCAAAUGCUGUGAAAACAGUUUUUUAAACCAUUAUAGAAUAAUCAGUUUGGAAAAGCACAGUGGGAUGCAAAAGCUUGGGCAGCCUCAUUAAUCUUAAUGAUUUUCCUGUAUAAAUUGUUGGUUGUCAUGAUACAUUUUUUUCAGUUAAAUAUAUCAUUUGGGAGACACACACAGUGAGGUUUGAGAAGUGAAACGAGGUUUAUAGGGUUUACAGAAAGUGUGCAAUAAUUGUUUAAACAAAAUUAGGCAGGUGCAUAAAUUUGAUAAAUUUAUUUUAUUGAUGCCAAAACCUUUAGAAUUAAUUAUUGGAACUGAAAAGUGGUUUGGUAAGCUCAGUGACCCUUGACCUCCAUCACAGGUGAAUCCAGUUAAGAGGAAGAGUAUUUAAUGGGGGGCAGGGGGGUGUUAGUUUCCUCCUCUUUGAAUAUUCUCUGAAGAGCAGCAACAUGGGGUCUCAGAACAACUGUCACAUGACAUGAAAACAAAGAUCGUUCAUCAUAGUUUAGAGGAAGGAUACAGAAAGCUGUCUCAGAGAUUUCAGCUUCUGUUUCCACAGUUAGGAACAUACUGAGGAAAUGGAAGACCACAGGCUCAGUCCAAGUUAAGGCUCCAAGAGUCAGACCAAGAAAUAUUCAGAUAAACAGAAGUGAAGAAUGGUGAGAACAGUCAGAGUCAACCCCCAGACCAGCACCAAAGACCUACAACAUCAUCUUGCUGCAGAUGGAGUCACUGUGCCUCGUUCAACUAUUGGGUGCACUUAACACAAGGAGAUGCUGCAUGUGAGUGGUGCAGAGGAAGACUUCUCCUCCCACAGCACGAACAGAGCAGACUGAGGUUUGCUAAAGCACAUUUGGACAAGCCAGCUUCAUUCUGGAAUAAGGUGUUGUAGAGUGAUGAAACUAAAACAGAGUUAUUUGGGCAUAACAAGGGGUGUUAUGCAUGGAGGAAAAAGAACACAGCAUUCCAAGAAAAGUGCAGGGACUGGGAAUAUUGUUGAAGUUGAGGGACUCAUGGAUUCCACUCAAUAUCAGCAGAUUCUGGAAACCAAUGUCCAGGAAUCAGUGACAAAGCUGAAGCUGCACUGUGGCUGGAUCUUUCAACAAAACAACAACCCUAAAUACUGUUGAAAAUCUACUAAGGCAUUAAUGUUUAUGUUUAUUUAAUUAGCAGACGUUUUUACCCAAAGCGACGUACAAUUUAUAACCUAUAGGGCAUGUUGUGAUCUGUGGGGGAACCGGAGCACCCGGAGGAAACCCACGCAUGCAUGGGGAGAACACGCAACUCCACGCAGAAAGGCCGCAGCCGAGUUUCGAACCUGCAACCUUCGUGCUGCGAGGCAACAGUGCUAACAACUGUGCCACCAUGCAGCUCUUAUGCAACUAAGCAUUAAUGCAGAGGAACAAGUGCAACGUUCUGGGAUGGACAUCUCAGACGCCAGACCUGAAUAUUAUUAAAAAUCUGUGGUGUGAGUUAAAUAGAGCUGUCCAUGCUCAUCAAACCUGAAUGAACCAGAGAUGUUUAAUAAAGAAGAAUGAUCCAAAAUACCUUCAACCAGGAUCCAGACUCUCAUUGGAAGCUAUAAGAAGCAUUUAGAGGCUGUUGUUUCUGCAAAAGAAUCAUCUACUAAAUAUUGAGUUGUCUUAUUAUUAUUAUUAUUUGUGGUGCCCAAAUUAAUGCACCUGCCUAGUUGUGUUUAAAACAAGUAUUGCACACUUUCUGUAAAUCCUAUUGUUAUGGCCACCAGUCUGGCCUCUUCAGGUGCAGGAGCCAGGAUCACUCAGCCUGGUGAUCAGCCAGACACCGCCCCUCCUCCUCCUCUCCUCCAGGCUGCUGAGGAGCACAGCUGAGCUGAAUUUCUCUGACGACCCACACCCGGGAUAAAAAGCCUUCAGCAGUCUGGGAGGCAGCAGAGCAGGGGUUCUGCUGUCCUCCAGGCCCAAGUUUGGUUUCAACCACUGUCAUUUUGACUUUUAUAGUUCUAACUCUGGGUGAUCCAAAGGGAUCUUUGGUGGAUGUCAACUUGGUUGAUUCUGUUUUAAGAUUAACAUCGUAGUUUGCCAACUUUGGGAUUUUAAAACACUCUGUGUUUUCAGUGUGUCGGUUUUUAUUAUCAACGUGUGUUUUCAUGUUGAUAAGUCGUCUUUUAAAUGUUGACCUUUUUGUCUUCGUUUUUGUUUGGCAUUAUUUUUAUAAUGCUUUCAAUCUGUUUGCACUUGUUUUUAGAAUAUUUUUAUCACAAUUAAACCCAUUUUAAACCCACUAUCCUGUUUCUUAUGUUACUCCCUCCUUCACAUUUAACACCUCCUGUUGGGGAUGUAACACCUAUAAACUUUGUUUCACUUAACAAAUAUUACUGUUUGUGUCUCCUAAAUGAUAUAUUUAAUGAAGCUUCUAAAAAUGUAUAAAGCAAUAGCAUGAUUAUUAACAAGGCUGCCCAAACUUUUGCAUCCCACUGUACAAACUGUAGCUAUAUCGUGAAAAGAAAAACACAACUAACUGUCUUGUAUUAAAUGGUUUUUCAUUUAAGAAAAAAAAACCAAGAACUUUAUGCUUUUUUUAAUGAUUUUUAAGUCGUAAAUGUGAUAGAAAAUAUUUUACUUAUCUCUAGACUCAUUUCUGUGUAUACUAGUUCUGAAAAGUGUUUAUUCCCUUUUGUAAAAAUAACUAAGACCAAUGAAACCUAUACAUUUGUGCAUGUUCAAAAUGAGCAGAGGGAAACCUAACAUUUAAUUCAACCCUUUUUUGAACAAUUUUAGGGAAAAAAAUAGCUCAGCAACAAUAAAUAUUUUUCAAACCUGUGAAAAUCAGUCAAAAUCGUAAUUGCAGCAUUUCUUCUUCAUAUCUCAGCCAUCAACAACCACCCUAAAAAAAUUAAAACCACCUAUAAAUUUUUACUUGAAAAUUUCACCAACUCAGAGAAAAAGACCAAAAUAAACAUUGAUCAAACAUUACUUAAUUGACUUAUCAAAUAGAACUGUAAGGUACCAUAUUAUGUUAUUGAAACUGUUGUUAUUUUUCUCCUAUUUACUUAUUUGAUGUAACUUGUUUAUGCUGUCUGCUUUCUUUCAUUCCACAUUCAUGUUGGUUAUCUUUCAUGUUUUACCUCUAAUGUCCACCAGGGAGCGAUGUUCCUGCACACUUGUGAGUCCGAGCAGGUGUAUUGAGGUGAUAGCUCGUGUUUAGCUCGUGCGUUUCCGUCGCGGCUCGGCGCUGAGCCGUUGUGGAUGUGGGAAUGCGGUUUACCCGAGGCUGCUCUGGGCAUUGCUGGAUACUCGGCGAUGUGCGCACGGGAACCGGGGCUCACAGCGGCUGGCUGUCGUUCAAGUUAACGGGGCGGUGGGGUGGGCGUCCAGAACAGCAAGGAACUGGCCAGCAGCGUCUGCGUUCCCCCGUUUUUACCGGGGGUUUUCUACCUUUGUGUGAGGAGGAGGGGUACGGAAUGAGAGAGAAGCCAAGGAGGAUUCCCCAGCAGCGCUAUGGAGCCACGCACUGCAGACGGCCGUGAAAGGUGACAGUGAAAUGAAAUGCUAACGAACCGACCCUGAUCUGUAGACCUUGUGCUGGUGUCCACAGAAGAGAGAGAACACAACAGCAUCAAGUUGUGAAGUUUGUGAAACCAUCGCCAUGUUCUACGGUUCUUCCUCUGGGGCCAGUAUGUCCCUGCCGUCCAAGAGCCGGCUAAAACGUCAGAGCAGGACCUUCACACAGGUGUUGUACCGUACCCUGAGCUACAGAGACCGUGUCCCAGCAGAGGCUGGGACCAACACCCGUGGGGAUCGGCGCUCAACCACAGAGCCCCCAGAGUGUCCAGAGGAUGACCCAGCUGAACUGUCCACCCAGAAUUCAGCCCCCGGGGUUCUGAAGAUUUUUGGAGAUGAAAUUUGUGCUGGUGCCAACUACAAGAGCGUCCUGGCCACGCCACGCUCCAGCGCUCAGGAACUUGUAAAAGAGGCGCUGGACCGUUACUCACUCAACAAGGAAGCGGCCCGCUCUUACGUCCUGUGUGAUGUGAUCGGACGUUUGGAGGUGGGAGGGGGCUGGCGAACCGAGUGCUUGAGAGCGCUGGGGGACAACGAGAAGCCACUGUUGCUCCAGGAGCUGUGGAAGCCCCGAGAGGGACACGCUCGCAGGUUUGAGCUGCGCAGGAGAGCUGAGGUGGAGGAACUCAAUGCCAAGGAGAAGGAUACUAUCACUGCUGGGCCCAGAACCCCUCAAUUCUUGGCAGCUCUCAUGGGUCGGUCUGGGCUGGGCAAACACAGAAGCUCCCCUCUACGGUCUGGUCGGGUUGUACAGUCCAGCUCUAAAGAUAUUAACGCUCAGGCUCGUAAGGUCCAGAGGAACAGGGCAAAGGGGACGCUGACCCUGCCGCGCUCCAGCAACUCAUCCUUCAGCCGCAGCCUCAGCGAAACCAGUCUUAACCAGCUCGGGGUGGGAGAGGAACCUAAGCGUUAUUACUCUACCUUGCCUGGACCUCUGAGGGGUAAAGAACGUGACAGAGCCUCCAGCAGUCGGAGGAAAGAAGAGGGGAGUCAGGGAGGAGGAGGGGGGGUGAGGCACUCUCUGUACCAGUCCCCCCAUCUCCUGCUGCUGCAGGGAUACAACCGCCAGGACUGCCUGGUUUACUUGCUGAACAGAGAGCAGCACACAGUUGGCCAAGAGACUCCAUCAGCUCGCCCCAACAUCUGCCUCUUCUCCCCCGACAUCCUCCCCCUCCACUGCCGCUUACGCCGAGUCCCUGCUCCCCGUCGGCAUGCCAACAAUACCAACAAGGGAGAGGAUCUGGCGGAGAGUCAGCGUUCCUGCGUCGCUGUCGAGCCCAUGCUCAACGCCACUGUUCUGGUGAACUUUUCCCGCUGUGAGCGAACCACUACACUGCGACAUGGUGACCUUCUCUCAUUUGGGGCACAUUAUAUCUUUUUAUACAAGGACCCCACUGGCUCCAAGCCCCUGCCUGCUCAAACCUUGGCACGGCUGCGAACGCUGGGGCAGCUGUAUGACAUGGGGGUGGAGGAGGGAGAGGACGGGGCUCAGACAUGCAAAAUGUGCGGCUCGCUGCUGAAGGACAGAGCAGCACAGGUGUCAAGUGUUCCCGCUAUACGACGCGGCUUCAAACCUCACCUGGUGAAACCUCGUAUUAUGGGGAUUGCAUCAAGUGGACCUCCUCCUUUACCAGGAGGGGAAGCUGCAGGAAGAGGAGGAGGAGGGAGUCAGAAAAGGAGACUACAGCUGGAGUUUGAGCAGGCUCAUGAAGACCAGCUGCUGAACAGGAUUAUGUCUCUCAUAGAACCUGGAGGAGAUGACCACAAGCUGACGCCGGCCUACCUGCUGUGUCUGUGCAUACAACACUCCGCCUCGACCUUCCCUCCUGGUAGCUUUGGGAAACUCCUGCUGAAGAUUGUCAGAAGAGUCCAAACCAUUGCCUGGGAGAAGACAAAGGAGCUGGCUCAGAAGCAAGCUCAGCAUCAAGACCCAGCCUCCCUGUCUCUUCUUAGCAUCUCAGACCUGAUCCCAGACUUACAGACUGUCUUCUUCUGGAUGUCCAACUCCAUCGAGAUCCUCUACUUUAUCCAGCAAAGAGCACCAGCCUACACACACAGCAUAGAGACCCUACAAGGGUCAAAGGAGUCGUUGCUAUCGGCGACCAUAACGGCCAAUGACGAGGCUAUGACUAUCCUGGAAGAAGUCAUCAUGUACACUUUCCAGCAGUGUGUCUAUUAUAUUACUAAGGCUCUUUAUGUGGUGUUGCCAGGUUUGUUAGACUGUAAUCCAUUCCCACUCGACAGCUCUGAGCCCUGCUGGAAAGGAGGUGUUGGGUUUCCUGAACCAGUUCGCAGGGUCCUGCAGGUGUUUCAGAGUGCUCAGGAGCUUCUGCAGGGAUACCUGGUUCACUCAGAGAUCCAGGCUCAGAUGUUUGCGUACCUCUUCUUCUUUUCCAAUGUGUCACUGUUUAACCAGUUAAUGGACAAAGGUCCCUCUCGGGGUUGGUUCCAGCGUUCCAAGGCACUGCAGAUUCAGGCGUGUCUGCGAAUGAUCAUGGAAUGGGCAGUCAAGUCGGGUCUGGGACAUCUGGCUGAAAAAUUCUUUACUAAACUCAACAGCACUGUGUCCAUAGUGGCCACACCCCCUCAGCAGCUCACACAGCUGAGCUGGAGAGUGUUGACCAGUGAAUACGUAACUCUGAAACCAGUCCAGCUCCACAGGAUUCUCACCCAGUACCAGCUCACAGCAGAGAUAGGCCCUGUCCCAGUCUGGCAACCCAGCAGCGAGGAUGAGGCGUACAUAUACAGAACAGUUGACCUCCUGGAGAGCUUUGAGAACCACCCGCCCAUCGUGCUGCCCAGCUCAGGCUUCAGGGUGGACCUGGACAGCGACUGCAUAGAGGACAGCAUCUACAGGCAGCUGCUCUACGUCCGCCACUACCUGUGGGGGCUACGCACAAAGACACAAACACACACCAACACCCCUGGUGUGCACACACAGUCCAAUGGAACCAACACAGCCGACUGGACGGACGUUCAGAGGGAGAUGUUACCUCCAGCCCAUAGCAGUCCGCGUUCUGGGGGAACCGGAGACGAGGGGACAGCUGAGGAGCGAGGGAGGGACAGACCUCUGGGCCAAUCACAGACACACAGCCUCAGAAGGAACGGCACCAUCCACCAUCCUCGGACAGCAAACCCAGACCCGUCCUGUCUCCUGACGCCACCCAACACCCCCCUUUAUCCAGAGGGUGGAGGAGGGCCCGGCCCGGCCCUCAGCACCAGCAUUCAGAUUAACGGCUGCUCCAGCAGAACUGUGGCAGAAUGUAAAAAGGCCAACGGACUCAUCGCUAACGGACUUGAAGGUGGGAGUGGAACAGAGACAGAAAGAUGGUGUAGUAGUGGGUGUGAGUUUCCCUUUCCUGUCUCCUCCCAUGGCGCCCCUUCUAUUGCUGAUGACUUGUGUGUGGUGUUUGUAGUGGAACUGGACAAAGGACCCUACGGACUGGGCAUGGGACUCAUCGACGGCCUGCACACUCCUCUUAAUGCUCCGGGCAUUUACAUCCGUACGCUGAUCCCAGACGGGCCGGCGGCAUCCGACGGCAGACUGAGGAUCGGAGACCGUAUCCUGGCGGUGAAUGGGACAAGUCUGAUUGGAGCGGACUACCAGAGUGCAGUGGACCUGAUCCGUCUGGGAGGUGGUCGACUGCGUUUCCUGGUGGCCAAGUCGGAUCCGGAAGUCUCAGAGAAGAUCAGUGCUUCCUCCUGCUGAUCACCUCUGCUGCCCAGGGAAAACGCAAAGCUGCACCCAGAUGUGCAGCAGGCGCUGAACCAGGGAGGCGCGUACAUCUGUACGUAUGCAGCUACACGACGUGAGAGGUGAAUGUGACACAGCACAAAGACGAGCAGUGGAACAGGAGGGAAUGUUCUGAGACUCCACCCGUUUCCCUCAUGCUGACUCCUACUGGACAGGACCUGAAGCCAACCGGAACGUUGACGAGGACGCCACCAGAGUUUUGGCCUAUAUGCAGUCUGAUGCUUAAGCACAGCGAUCUCCCCACAGAGUGACUGUUUGUUCCAGCUUCAUUUAAAGUUCUUUGGGUUUGUAUUUUCAGACGUAAAAAGCAUGACGCAAUUGAGACUGAAGAUUUUCCUAAAAGCUGAAUGUUUCCUAAACCCGUUGGUUGGCACCCCCCACAGCCAAGUCCUCCAAUCAGACAUUAGCUCUCUUUUAUGAGGUUAUGGAUGAAAACGACUGAAUCCCUGACGCUGAAAUUUUGAGACUUUUUACUCCGGUGAUCUUCAGCUGUUUGACAAUAAUAAAUAAAUAAUAAACUAGUUUCAGACGCCAAGUCCUGACGUGUGGUGACCCGUGUAAAUAGUUGUAUAUAUUUACCGUGUCACAUCCUUGGAAACAAUUAUCCUGAACUGUCAGAAAAAACUUAAAAGUAUUUUCUGGAAUGAGAGGAAUGUAACUAUUGGUUGUAUACUUUUUCCUAAACUGUGUAUAUAUUUCAGCUUUUAUACAUUCUGCACACUUUGUGCGUCCAAAUGACAUUGAAAAAAACAGCUUUAGAUGGUUUUUCUUUGUUCUCACUGUUCAGGUGCCAUCUGCCUCCCUCUUCCAGAUUUGUAAAAACGUUUUCUGAUUACAGUAUUUAUACAAAAGUAAAGAGAAAUCCACUAAACUUCUUCAGACACUUUUACGUCACUAACAGGUGAAGUGGGCCACCUGGGUUUGGUUUUUACAGACCAAGCUAACAAGUGGAAAUUCAAUCUGGUGAAAGCUAAUUUAAGGAUUUUAACUAAAAAUGAGCAGAAAGCUGCACAUUAGCUGACGGCAGCUAAGGUACCGCUCAGGGAUGUUACCUUGGUCUCCACUGAACAGCCUCUGUUUGGAGAAACAGUUUACGUUCUCCAGGGCUGAUGAGCUAACGGAUCAAGACUCACUAAAUCUCAACAAGCUGUUCUUUUGGCUCUUCGAUAGGACUGGGCAGUUAAUUGAAAAUGUCUUGUUAUUGAAAUUUCUGACUAACCGAUACCAUUUUAACCGUGUCAAUAAAUUUGAUAAAAAAUGGAAAGAUGUGUCGUUUGCCGACAUUCAUCUCUAAGAUGAUGUCCAGCUUGAGUCACGACUCAACAUAAUACAAUAAUGACAGCCCCAUCUAGUGGACGUCUUUUACAUACGUGUCGUUAUCCAUGUAUCGUUAAAUCAUCAAUAUAGCAAGAUUUUAGCCCAUAUUGCCCAGUCCUACUCCUGGACAUAUUUUAAUUAUCCUAAUAAACACGGUUUCCCCAACAUAGGCGUGGCGCUGCCCCCCUAGCCUGGCCAGCCAUGCUAGUGCUUCCUUAUGGGAAGCAGAGGGCCUGGUGACGCUCUCAUUCAAAUAACCCCGCCCCCUGAGAAUUCUAACUGAGUCAAUCAGCUCUGAGCAGCGUCAAACACCACGAAGCUUAGAAGCAAAACGUUGUGUGAGCACCAAAGUUUCUAGGGGACACACUGCAAAGCAGAUCGCUGAAAACGGCUCAAGUCACCAAAAUGACGGCAAAACAUUUUGGUCUUUGCUGCACUAAGACUAGUGGUUAGCUCAUCAGUCCUGUAGGGAAUAAUGCUCUCUGAACAGACUGUUCAGGAGGCAACCAACAAAGAUGAAGUGUUGGUUUAAGCUGCGGUAAAGUUUCCUCUGCUUCACGUGGGCUCGCUCCCUCACCCGCCAGGGGCUGAUUCAUGUUUACAAAUCUCUUCUCACCGAAUGUUUCCUUUAUUUUGACCAUUACAGUAGCUCAGAUUUCUUAAACGUAACUUUGCUCAGAACGGUUCGAAGUAAACUCUUACAUGAUGGAACCGUGGAAAGUGUGAAACCAGCAAAUAUUUGCCAAUUUUUCUUGUGAUAAACUGAAAAUGACCAUUGUGUUGUUAGCUUUUAAAUACCUGCUGUUAUUCUGUUACUUUGCUUACGGGUGACACUUGAUCUUGUGCAUGUCUAUUCUGGUCAUUAUUUAUACUGUUAAGAGUAAUGGUACAUAAGAGUAAAGUCUGUGGGAUACUUGUUUUUUUUUUUCAGUGACUGAUUUAAAAGACAAGGCAGCAGUGAUGUCAAUGAGUUGUUUUAAUUUGUGCUACACAUUUUAAAUCACAAAAACAUUAAAAAUACAUAUACCCCUCUUUA